AAAUCAAGGACUUUUCCACCCUCGAUUCCUGUUUACGUUGCUCUCUCUACCCACACUCCUCUCUAGUUCCGCUCAGAGCAAAAGCAACGAUGCUCACGCCUUAUUCAGCGAACUGCGGGUCAGAGUACAGCCUUUGGGCAGCCUUGACUUGUCAUUAUCACACAUCCCGUCUUUUUGCCAUCCGCGCUUGCAGGCAGCCCCUUCGCCGCUUCUAAGACCUUACUACUACUUCGCAACCUUACAAGUCUCGUGAUUACACACUCUUACUGAUACCACCUCCCAAAGUGAUAAAUUUUUGCCAAGAAAUCAUCGCCAGCAUCUCCAGAGAACCCCCUCCCCCAAGCAGCUUGUUGUCGGCACCUCGGAUUGCUCUCACCCUUCCGCAGCCAGGUCCGCAUCACAGGAUCAUGAAUCAAAUCCCCGAUGUUCUGUACGCAGAUCAAGAUUUCACCACCUGGCUCAUUGUCGGCGCCAGCAGAGGUAUCGGCCUGGAGUUUGUACGGCAGUUACUAGCCAGGGGUGAGCGUAUCAUUGCCACAGUUCGCGAGCCCUGGGCUUCCCAUGCAUCUGGCCUGUGGGGCCAAGCCGGCAGCGAUCAUGGCCGCUGCCAAAUGUACAUAUGUGAUAUAUUGUCCGAAGAUAGCAUUGUUAAAUUUGUGUCUCAACUCGCCGCGAUACCAAAUCUCAAGCUCGAUUAUGUAGUUCUCAAUGCUGGAGUCUUAAGAUACCCCAAUAGAUCGACUGAACUUUCCUUUGACGAAUUUGCGUUCCACCUCCACACUAAUACCAUUGGUCCCAUUAUCACAGCUCAAAAGUUGCUCCAGACGAACAUUCCCAUCGGUACCAUCGCCUUCAUGUCAAGCGAUUCUGGCUCCCAAGGCAACUUCCGUGAGAUAGAGGACGGCUUCGCCGCAUAUGCAGCUUCUAAAUCUGCCCUAAACAUGGCAAUUCGACAUAUGGCUGCCGAACUGAAGAGAAAGGAUGACGACACAAUCAUCCUAGCCAUGCACCCAGGAGAGGUUGCAACAGAUAUGGCCAACAUCAAUCUACCGUGGGAGGUUCAAGGUAUAAUCUCGCCAGAGGAAUCCGUGAUGAAGAUGAUGAAUGUAAUUCAAAGCAAAGGCCUUCAGCAUAGCGGAACUUUCUGGACUUGGGAGAAUAAGCCGUAUGUUUGGUGACGCUGGCGCAAGAACUGCCCUGUGGAUUCAGAUUUACUCAUAUUGGAGAAAAGCCCAU